CGUCUCUGUGUUUUGCUCCUCUGAUCGCCCCGACAUCGCAAGUUCGUGCGUGUGUGUGCAAGCUCCUGCAUCACCCCAUCAAAGCAUCACAUAACUUACUCAAACCUAUACACGCACGCCCGUAUACGCGCACAAGCAUAUACGGCGCAACAAACCUCAUAGACUCGGGACGGCACAGCCCAGUUUUACCACUCGGUCCUGCAAUUGCAGACUCUCCUCUGCCGUCGUCAUUCCCAUCUCUCGAAAGCCCAUUUCCCAUUGUCCGUCCUCAGAUAAAAAGGCGGCAGCUUGGCAGACCCCCUGUGCCUUGCGAUCCGGAGCCCGAUCAUCUCACCAUUUUACUGCGUACGUCAAACGCGUCUCCACCACGGAUUGGCAGCUCCACGCCAAAACAGUUCAGACAGCCCAGGAAUCCACCUGGGUGGAUCGUCGCCACCCUUGCCCGCGUGCAGGCGCCGACCUUUUAGCGCGGGCUGUAUACCUGGGCCUUGGUACACCUGAGCGUCCCGGCCGCUAUUCAAAGACACGCCUUGGGACGGCUGCCGUCACUGCAUCUCCGCCCCAAUUUGAUCGCUCCUUCGUCUGCCGCGCCUUUUGUACUGGACGAACCCAUCCGGACAUCCGUCUGCUGCACAUUUGUGUGCCCUUUGGCCUUCCCUGGAUCUCCGGCGCAACGGUCGCAUGCCAUAAGCUGAGGGCGGCUUGAUUCGCUCGUAUCUCAUCCUGUCGGAACACGAGACCGCUGCUAUAUUACUUGCCCAGAGGACCAGCCGUUAUCUUCAGCCAUUGUCUGCGCAACUUCACGACGCCUGGGGUGCAGACACAUCCACAAAACCAUCCAAGACGGCGCCUUCACAAAGUGACACCGGGUCACUUUACCUGGACUCGCCACCCACGACACUUUCUCCGAGUACGCUGCUGCCGGCGAAGCGAAAGAUGAGCUCUGCUCGCACAUCCUCGUAUCGUCCGGCCAAGCAAUCAGUCUCUCCACGCAUAGAACUCAACGGUUCUGCCAUGUCCGGCCACGCUCAGCAACAACGCCUGCGUCCGGCACGGCAGUCGUCUGCUACGACAGCAUCCUCCCAGGGCCCGCCAGGCUCCCUCCGUCUUCCCGGCCUUCCGCGAUUCCACCCGGCCAACUUUCCAAGCGCGUAUUCGAGCCUCCAGGCGACGCCGACGUCAGGGAUGAACUCUCCGCAGCCGCCCGUGAGCCCGAGGAGCCAGCAGAGGCAGUACAACGAGGCGCAGAGAGCAUUACUCAGCUACCAGCGCGACUUUUACGCGCAGCAGCUGGCCUUGACGCAGGCCAACACCACGCACAAGCGGCAGGGCUCGAACGGCUGCACCAAACCGGCAAGCCCACGGCUCAUGCCCAUGAACGACAGUCCUGGCCCCGUCACACCGCUCGAGCUGGAAGCAGAUGGUUACUUGACCGCUGGCUCCGGUGCCGUCAGCCAAGCAGAGCAAGCGGCCUACGUCGAGCGGGUGAUUCGGGAGCAGGUCGACCGCAUGCACGGCGGCAACGUCAGCCCUGGCGGCAGCAAAGUUCCCUCUAACCCAGUCACACCCGUCGGCUCGUACUGAACUCUGCCAUCGCCACGCUCGCUUUUGAUUCAACUCUAGCAUGCAAUGAUACAUACCCUUGGCAUAUGCGGUGACGGAUACAAAUCAAGGGAGGGAGAUUUUCCUUCUUCUUUACUGUGAUUGUCAUCAUCGUUAUCAUGAUCAUCAUAUUUCCCUCGAUCAUCUUACACGGGACAAACCUGACGGUCGUUCAUGGCUGGUCCAUCACAACACCAGGGCACAGGGGUAAAAGGAGUGACUUGCAUGGAAAAUCGGUGUUGGACGGCUUAACAAUUUUUCUCUCGCUUCGAGGCUGCAAGGAAUUUACGUUAUUAUACCCCCUUUUUUUUCCUUUUAUCUUUGACGACCAUGGAGGUAUAGAUGGACAGCUCCAUCUGUGGGAACGAAAUGGCUUCAUCGUCAUAUAUCAUCAGCAUCAGCAUCAUGAGCUUUCAUUGCGCGGCUUUGUUUGAACUGGACAGCUUUCAGCGAAGUGCUCGCUCGGGCAGCUGUAGUUCCUAUCAUCAUGAAUCAAUCAAAACGCUUUGUUCCCG